AUGCUGAAAAUAGCAUUAAGCCAAGAACUGUUGCCUUCAUGUUUUUCUUUUAAAUAAAUCAGUGUCUGUGCAUUUCAUUUGUACUUCAUAAGGUUGCUAUUGUUUAGCCUUUCCAUCCUUUCUUUUUUUAAUUUUUUUUUUCAAAAAUUCAAAUUCAUUGUUUAUUUUUAUAUUAUUUUUAAGUUAUCAGAACAAAUAAUUUUGAAAGAAGAAGUCGUUUGUUGUAUAGUCAAAUCAAAAUUGUGCCACAUGGCUGUAAUGAAUACUAGUAGAAUAUGUGCAUGUGAUACAGCCACAGAAAAGAUGAAUCUAUUUUGUGGUUGCAUUUUUUUUCUUUUCUGUUUGUUUAUUUUCUUUAUUUUUUAAUUUUAUUUUUAAUUUUUUUUUUUUUAAGAUUGUAAAAAGUCAUUUUUUAGCUGCCACCCAUGACUUUGCCACAUAGCUGAACUGUGUUUACUGGAAAAAUUCAGAGGCCUAAAGUUUAAAAAUAAAUUCACUUCUGAUGUUUUAAUUAAAAUGUUUGCCACAUGAACUUCUCUGAUGCCUUAAAAGUGAACUUCUUUGAAGAACUUUUGUGCUGUUUUAUCACAGGCUUACACCACAAUUGUUAAUCACGACUUCAUUUGGAUGAUUUCUGGUGUAAAAACUAAGGGGGAAAAAAAAGCACAAUCCCGGUGUACAAUUCUGCCACUCCUUUACGUGUCGAUUUUCUGCUGCACUCUGCAUUCUCCCAAACCCUGCUCUGCUCAAAACCGGGGAAGGUUCCACGGGAAAUCAGGAUCACACCGAAUUUUUAAUAUCUGGGAGUUGUUUAUUUAGGUUUCUUGGGGUUUUUUUUAGGGAACUUUUUGUAAUCAACCCGUAGCCGACGGUACUUUUUAAACUGGAAUGACCUCCGUUGUAUUCCGUGGCUCUCAGUGCCAAAUCCAGCCAGAGAAAACGUGGAGUUGUUUUUAUUUUUACUUUGCACUAAAUCCUUUGCCAGCGCAGCACUGCAAAACACGUUGCAAACUGCAGCAGAAUUCACCUUUUAACCAAAAAAGGAGGGAUCAUUUUGUUAAUUAUUAUUAAUUUUUUUUAUUAUUAUUAUUUUUGUAUUUUUUUUUUUCUUUUUGGGCAAAAAAUAAAUGCACAUUUUAGUCAAGCUUUUCUGGAAGGUUUAGAAGAAGGGUUCAGCGUAGCACAGCUCUGUGAGCAUGGCCAAGGUGGGAAAGCCUGAGAAGUCACUUUGGAACUGAAUUGCCUCCGUUAUAUUUUGUCUAAGUAAGGUUUUGCUCUAAAAAAAAUUAAAAAAGAGGUCACGUGUACAUGUUAAGAAAGUCUGCAAGUUCCUUCAUAAAUGCAAUCUGUUUGUGUUUUAGAUUAAUUAGUCAAUGCACUCAUUGCUUCAUUGUCUCCAGACGGAAAGCUUCACUAAAUGGUAGAUUUUACUGUUAAAAACCCUACAAUAAGAUUGUUUUAUCUGUACAUUUUUUCAUAUAUUUAACUGUAUAAAAAAAUGUUCAUUUUACACAAUAUUUAAUUAAAGUAUUUCUUGUCUGU